AUGAGCACCCAACCACAGCCUGAGCAGGAGAAGGUCGCUCCGGUCUUGUCCAACAUUGUGAGUGCUGGUAGCCAUGGUGAGAUUGCAGCUCACGAGGUUGAUGUUGACCAGGCGCAAGACGCCGCUAUUGAGGAUGUUGCUUCCAGUCUUUCUGCCGAGCAGAAGUUCUAUAUCUUGAAGCGUCUUCACUUCGAGGGCUUGGAGACCCUUGAGAAGUUGCCUAUUGCGGCGACGUUCAUGUUGGAGAAGAUUGCUUCCAUGCUGGUGGAGGAGGCCUUGGAAGUGUUGAAGCUUUACUUGAAGGAGCACGACGAGGAUGUGAAUAUUCCCACUGACGAGUAUGACUUUAUCGAGAAGCUCUACAACCUUGCGCCUGAUUACCUUGCAAACCCUGACUUUGUCGCUAAAGAUUCUACCCUGGACCUCGACGAAAAGAAGGUUAACGUUACAACAAAGGAGAAGGAAUCGACUUCAGACUGUGAAACCACUUCCACCGAUGAGGAGGCCAACGUGUUUGAAAUCCACGACUGGAACUUGCAGAUUCGUACCGAGGCUGUCAUGAUCGCCUACCACUCCCCUUACCCUGAGGUCAGAUCCGUCACCAACCCCUACGAUGACUUCCACCUUCCAGUGGAGACAUUCAGAGUGUACUUUUUGGGUAUCAUCUGGACAGCCCUUGGUGCCUUUGUCAACCAGUUUUUCGCUGAAAGACAGCCAGGUAUUUCUUUGAGAGCCUCUGUCGUCCAACUUUUACUUUAUCCCUCUGGUAUGUUGAUGGCCCGUGUGCUUCCUCACAAGACUCUCAGAUUCUGGAAGUGGUCAAUCAACUUGAACCCAGGUCCUUGGAACUACAAGGAACAGAUGUUGGCCACGAUUUUCUUCUCCGUCUCCGCUGGUACCCCCUAUGUCUCUUUCAACAUUCACGUCCAGAGACUUUCUCACUACUACAACAACCAGUGGGCUGACUGGGGCUACCAGAUUUUGCUUAUUCUUGCUACAAAUUUCAUGGGUUUCGGAUUCGCUGGUAUUAUCAGAAAAUUUGCCGUCUACCCGGUCAGAGCUAUGUGGCCAACCAUCUUGCCCACGCUUGCCUUGAACAGAGCUUUGUUGAUGCCCGAGAAGAAGUCGAAUAUUAACGGGUGGACACUCUCGAGAUACAAAUUCUUCUUCAUCUUUUUCCUUGCCUCGUUCUUCUACUUCUGGUUCCCCAACUACCUUUUCGAGGCUUUGUCUUACUUCAACUGGUUGAGUUGGAUUGCACCAGAGAACUUCACCUUGAACUUGGUUACUGGUUUUAUCUCAGGUCUUGGAAUGAACCCUCUUCCUACUUUCGACUGGAACAUCAUCAACUGGAACCUUGCUUUGACCAUUCCUUUCUAUUCACAGAUCAACCAGUACAUUGGAACCCUCCUUGGUUUCUUCAUUAUCAUUGCCAUGUACUACACAAACUUCCACUGGACUGCCUAUCUUCCAAUUAACACUUCUACUUUGUACAACAACAAAGGCUUCCGUUACGAGGUUGAGGAUGUUGUCAAUGAAAGGUCUUUGUUCGUGAAGGAGAAAUAUGAGGAGAUUGGACCACCAUUCUACUCUGCUGCCAACUUGCUUGUGUACGGGGCUUUCAUUUCUUUGUACCCAUUUGCUUUCAUUUACGAAGUGACUUUGAACUACAAGCCCAUGUGGCAUGCUUUAAAGCACUUGGGAGGCUCUUUCAAGAACUUCAGAAAGUCCACUUUCGAAGGAUUCAGUGACCCACACACUAUCAUGAUGAAAAAGUACGGGGAAGUCGCCGACUGGGUGUUCCUCCUUGUGUUGGUUGUUUCCAUUGUUCUUGCCAUAAUCUGUGUUCAAGUAUAUCCAGCAGAAACUCCUGUCUGGGGUAUUUUCUUUGCCCUCGGCAUAAACUUUGUCUUUUUGAUUCCGCUCACUGCCAUCUACUCCACUACCGGUUUCCAAUUCGGUCUUAACGUUUUGGUCCAGAUUAUUGUUGGUUACGCUAUUCCAGGUAACGGUCUUGCCUUGAACUUCAUUAAAGCUUUGGGUUUCAACAUCAACGGUCAAGCACAAAACUAUAUCACCGAUCAAAAGAUGGGUCACUACGUGAAGAUCCCACCAAGAGCUCUUUUCCGUUGUCAGAUGCUCUCUGUUUUCAUCUCAUCCUUCAUAUCUUUGGCUGUCAUGAACUUUAUGAUUGACAACGUCGAAAACUAUUGUACUCCUGAGAGCAGACAGAAAUUCUUGUGUCCACAGUCGAAUGUCUUCUUCUCAGCUUCGGUGUUGUGGGGUGUCAUUGGUCCAAGAAGAGUGUUCGGUGGUCUCUACCCAAUUUUGCAAUGGUGUUUCUUGCUUGGAGCUCUUCUUGCUAUUCCUUGUAUCUUAUUUAAGAAGUACGCUCCUAAGAAGUUAACCAAAUACUUCCAGCCAUCUUUGAUCAUUGGGGGAAUGUUGAUCUACGCCCCAUACAACUUAUCAUACUACACUUCUGGUGUGUACGCCUCUAUCGCAUUUAUGCUUAUUAUCAGAAAGAGGUAUCAGGCGUGGUGGGAGAAAUAUAACUAUGUGUUGUCUGGUGCUUUGGACGCGGGCGUUGCAUUCAGCAGUAUCAUCAUCUUCUUCGCAGUUCAGUAUGAUGAAAAGGACAUCAAUUGGUGGGGCAACACCGUCUCCUAUCAAGGAAUUGAAGGUGGCGCAGGACAGCAAACCUUAAGGCUACUUUGGCCCUCGUGUCGGUAG